CGCGUUUGUCAAACGAACGCGUCAACGUUGCUAUUAUUAUUGUUGUUUUCUGCUCACUGCUACAUUGCGCGGAUACUUUGCUACUCCUGCGGAAAAGGGACGUUCCUAAAAAAACGUCCCAAACCCCCGUAGCAAGGAUGAAUUUCGCUCCGGUAACGUCGAAAGCGUUUAGCGCUAUGCAAAACCUAGACAUAGCCCAGCUGGCUACCUGCAGUCAGCAGGAAAUACGGCCACUGCUACCGUGCCUGGUGCGUAUGAGCUUGUUGUCGCCGCUGGACAACACCAAGGGAUGGGCCGAAGCACGAAAACAAAUUCUCUCGCUGCUGGUCGGCAUCGAGGUGGUGAACAACAUCGUGUCCCUGUUGCAAGUCAAUUACCACGAGCUGGAAAUCGAUGUAAAAAAGGAGCAACAGAUUAGGCAAAAGAUCGGAUACACAACACAGGACUCGGCACAGUUCCACAGCCUUCCGAAUGGCAUCGUGAUGGGGUUUGAGCGAGCCGACGGCACAAACAAGGUUCGCGUGGUGUUGUCGGAACUGUUUUACCUGCAGGCGCAAAUCAACGAGCUGGCCACGCAAGCAUCGCUGCAGAAAUCGUCCUCGAACGAGCUCACCAUACGCCCGUCAGAGCUUUUCGACAAUGAAAUCUAUCUGGAGGAAAUAGCCGACAUCAUUUGCAUUGCGCUGGCGGAGCUGCCUUCCCUGCUGAACCUGCAAGAGGUGGUGGAAACGCUGCUGUAUGUGCGCAACGGGUCCAAGAUCGUGUGCUGGAUCGUAGCCAACAUGCCGGACUGCUUUCGUGAAGUGGUAACCGCGCUGAUAACGAACAGCGAUGAAGACACUACCGAUGGUCGCGUGAAACUUGCGGCACUGUACGAGCUGAGCGAGAUGAACCCCAGCCAAGCGCUGUCGAUGCGCACGAUCUGCGUGGAAACGGUAAAGAUGCCCUCGCUUAUGAUCAAGCUGAGUCUGCAGGAUCCCCAGAAUCUGGUAGCGUUCGUGUCCGGGUUGCUGCUCGGCAACGAUCAGAACAUUCGCUCCAGCUUUGCGCUGUACAUACGCACGAGCCAAAAGCGCAAAGGCGACGUGCUGCAUCAGCUGCGGGAGGAGUUGUUGAAGCAGCUGAUGAACAUCAACAUGCAGUCGGUGAAUGGGGCGCUACCGGAAGAGCUGGUGGUGCAGGCGGCUGCCAUCGUACGUCUAUACUGCGCACUGCGCGGCAUAUCGGGGAUCAAGUUUUUCGACGAAGAAAUACAGCUACUAAUGCAGCUGAUCACCUCCAAGCCACCGCCAACGCCGGCCGGCAUUCGGUUUGUGUCGUUGGGGCUCUGCAUGUUCAUUGCCUGCCCGUCGCUCAUCACGCAUCAAUCGCACGAGGCCAAGAUGAUCGAAUGGAUACAGUGGUUGAUCAAGGAGGAAGCGUACUUUGAGAGUGUGAGCGAAGUAUCGGCAUCGUUUGGGGAAAUGCUCCUCCUGAUGGCCAUCCACUUCCAUGGCAACCAGCUGGCACACAUCUGCGAGCUAGCAUGCUCCACGCUGGGAAUGAAAUUUUCCCUUCGCCCCAACACGAUCACGCGCAUGAAGCUGAUCUUUACGCAGGAAAUCUUUACCGAACAGGUGGUGGCAGCUCAUGCUGUGAAGGUACCGGUAACGCUGAACCUGAACGCAUCCAUCCCGGGCUAUCUGCCGGUGCAUUGCAUCCAUCAGUUGCUGAAAUCGCGAGCCUUCUCCAAGCACAAGGUUCCAAUUAAGAGCUGGAUAUACAGACAGAUCUGCAACUCGGUCACUCCGAUGCACCCGGUGCUGCCGGCGCUGAUCGAGGUGUACGUUAGCUCCAUCAUAUUGCCAAACCAAAAGGGACUGCAGGAACAGCACACGCACAAGGCGCUUUCCGAGCAGGAGAUCGCGCAAGUGUUCCAGAAUGCUGCCGGGCUGUGGAACAAGGAACAGCAGAGCAAGCUCAAAACGGCCGGUCAGACGGGGGUGGAUCGGCCGACAAAAGAGCACGUCCAUCAGCAACCGAUGGAGGUAGAUGACUCUGGGAAUCGACAACCAAAUCUUACGCCUCAACUGCUGCUGCUUUACUAUCUACUGCUCUACGAGGAUGUUCGGUUAAGCAGCAUGCCGCAAAUCAUCACCAGUGGCCGGCAGGUGAAGAGCUAUAGUAACGAGUUCAUGUCGGAGCUGCCGAUAAAGUAUCUGCUGCAACAGGCGCAGAAAAAUCAGCACGAGUACAGUGCCCUGUUCAGUCCGCUGUUGCGGCUGCUGGUGACGCACUUUCCCCAUCUGUCGCUGGUGGAUGAUUGGAUCGACGAAGAGACGAUUGCGUUCAGCGAUAGCUCCACCGGUCGAAGCAUCAGCGAGCAUUCGAUCGUAGAAGCGUUUGAAGAGAUCGAGCUGAAUCCGGCACGCGUGAUCAAGUUGCUGCGCAGGAUGAUGCGUAAAUCGCCCACGGAUCUGUGGCCGCUGGCACCUACCUUCAUACGGUACUUCAAGCAUACACUCAAUCCGACCGUGCCAUCGCUCCUGCAGGAGCUGUAUCGGCAGGUCUGGAUGCGCUUGAACACCAUCUUCCCCCGGCGGCUUUGGGUCAUGUCGAUCAACGCACUCAUGCCGGCGGAUAAUGUGACGAAAAAUUUCACACUCACCCAGGAAAAGAUCCUGUACGAUCCGCUCCAGGUGCUGCGUUGUGAUAAACGUGUCUUCCGCUGCUCCAGCGCCCUUACCGUGGUGUUGCGCAUUCUGCAAGCGAUACUGGCGGCAUCGAGAAGUCAGCUGUCGCGCCACAUGCUUGACAAACCCCUGAUCGACAUUGGAAAUCAGGUGAAAACGGACAACGAUCGUGAAGAGCUCAAGUUGGCGCUGCUUGCCACGCAGGAAAGUAUUGCGGUGCAGAUCAUACUGGAGGCGUGUCUCGAGAAUGAAACCGACUGCUCGGAACCGGGCCGGCUGUGGGCGCUUCGGGAGGUUCGCGGUGUGAUUUGCUCGUUCAUCCAUCAGAUGUUCAUCGCGGAACCGUCGCUAGCGAAGCUGGUCCACUUUCAGGGCUAUCCGCGUGAGCUGCUGGCGAUGACGGUGCGAGGCAUUCCGUCAAUGCACAUCUGUCUCGAUUUCAUACCGGAGCUGCUAAGCAUGGCUGAGAUGGAGAAGCAAAUAUUCGCGAUCGACCUUGCGUCUCACCUUUCCCUGCAGUACGCGCUGCCGAAAUCGUUGAGCAUAGCGAAGCUCUGCAUCAACACGCUCACGACGUUACUGGGCGUACUCUCCGGCGACACGCGUAUAGAAAUGUUCCGCGCGGUGCUACCCUGCAUCGUGCGAUUUGCCGAAGCGUUUCCACCCUUGCUGGAUGAGUGCAUACUGUACCUGCUGCAGCUCGGACGAAUAGUACAAUCGCAAACCGCGCUCGGCCGUUCAACAUCGCUGCCCUCGCUGUUCGUUGGACAGGAAUGCAAGCGGCGAUCGCAGAGCGGACAACUGCAGCACGCCGAAAGCUUGGUCGAUGAGGUGCGGGAAACGUUCGUCAAGCUGCUCGAUGCGGCCGUACUGAGCCCGAAGAUCUAUUCACAUUCGGAGACGUCCGGGAGUUAGAAGAUGUAGGUGAUCGCCAUGAUAACUUUUCGCAAGUUGUAGAUUGCUGUAAGAUAAAAAGUGCUGCAACGAUACGCUCCGGGCGAUUGAUGCUAGUGUUCGGAUUGAUUCUACGCCGGCAGCAGUGGCUACCACUAGAGACCAGAGCAACUAACUCACGGAACUACUUGUAACGAUAGUGUACCAGAACAAAGUAUAAACUAACUUGGCCUUGAUUUUUAUCACGA